AUGUCUUCCUCCAAAACACAUCGCGUCAAAAAGCCAAAAGCGCCACCAAAGAAGAUGGAGUUCUACGGCAACAUAUCAGGAGAUUCCCCCCUCUCGGUAGCCGUCAGCCAAGUCUUCGACAAAUACCGAAGUAAAGACCAAAAAGAUACAAUCACAAUCGAAGACGCCAUGCGCUACCUCAACGACCUCAACGUCGCCCUCGACGAGCCCGUCGUCCUCGCCCUUUCAGACUUCCUCUCCUGCCCCACCCUCGGCGAAUUCACCCGCGAGAAUUUUAUCACGGGCUGGUCCGACGCCUCGAAAGAAUCCUCCAAGCCCCUCGACACCCUCGCCAAGCAAGCCGCCUACCUCACCACUCUCCGCAAGCAACUCAAGACCGACCCCGUGUACUUCAAGAAGAUCUACCGCGCGAGUUUCCAGUUCGCUAAGCCAGAAGGCCAGCGCUCUGUGCCGACUGAUGCGGCGGUUGAGUUCUGGCGUAUGUUUUUCCAGGCUUCUACUGGUGGGAUUGAUUGGAAGACGCCUACCUCGCCCAACACUCCGUGGUUGGAUUUGUGGAUUGAGUUCUACAACUCGCAGCACAAGCGGCCUGUCAACAAGGAUUUGUGGAACAUGGUUGGGGAGCUCAUGCUGAAGACGAUCGAGCGCGAUGGCGAGAAGCUGGAGUGGUACAAAGAGGAUGGUGCGUGGCCGAUGGCGAUCGAUGAGUUUAUUGCUUGGGCGAAGGAGCAGCGUGAGGAGAUUGGUGCGGUUGCUACAGCUGAGACUGUGGGUGGCGGCACGGAUGGUGCGAAUGAUGUGGAGAUGACUUAG